CUUAUACCUACCGUCUUCCCCCCCUCAGCAGCCAGCUCAGCAGGAGCGAACCGCUUAGCCUUGUCCUCACUGCCCGUAGCCAAGGGAGCCGUCGCGCCGCGCAGCUCGAGCCAGCAACAUGUCUGAGAACAACAAGCAAAGGAUGAAUCUUCAGAGAUCUACUAACGUGGUUUACCAAGCCCAUCAUGUUAGCAGGAACAAGAGAGGACAAAUUGUGGGUACAAGAGGUGGAUUCAGAGGCUGUACGGUAUGGCUAACAGGUCUUUCUGGUGCUGGUAAGACAACCAUUGGAUUUGCAUUGGAGGAGUAUCUGGUGUCUCAUGGCAUUCCCUGCUACUCCCUUGAUGGGGAUAACAUCCGUCAAGGCCUGAACAAAAACCUUGGUUUCUCAGCUGAUGAUCGAGAAGAAAACAUCCGCCGUAUUGCCGAAGUUGCCAGACUGUUUGCGGAUGCUGGCCUGGUUUGCAUCACCAGUUUUAUUUCUCCUUUCACAAAGGACCGUGAGAAUGCACGGAAGAUUCAUGAGACGGCUGGACUUCCUUUCUUCGAAAUCUUUGUGGAUGCUCCUCUAAACAUCUGUGAAAGCAGAGAUGUGAAAGGCCUUUACAAAAAAGCACGAGCUGGAGAAAUCAAAGGAUUCACUGGAAUUGACUCUGAGUAUGAAAAACCUGAAAUGCCAGAACUUGUACUGAAAACCAACGUAUCUUCAGUAUCGGAGUGCAUUCAGCAGAUCAUCGAUCUCUUGCAAGAACAGAGCAUUGUUCCUCCUGCUGCUAUCAAGGAUGUUCUUGAGCUGUUUGUGCCAGAAAAUAAGGUAGAACAGGCACAGGCUGAAGCGAAUACAUUGCCUUCUGUAAAGAUUACUAAGCUGGAUCUGCAGUGGGUUCAAGUCCUGAGUGAAGGUUGGGCCACUCCACUGAAAGGGUUUAUGCGUGAGAAGGAAUACUUGCAAGUUCUGCAUUUUGGCACCUUGCUAGAUGGAAGGGGUAGAAUUGAUAUAUCCAAGCUUGAUGGCGUUAUUAAUUUGAGCAUUCCCAUUGUGCUUCCGGUGUCUGCUGAGGAUAAGAAGCGCCUGGAAGGUUGCAGUGCAUUUACACUGGACUACAAUGGGCGAAGGGUGGCAAUACUAAAAAACCCUGAAUUUUUUGAGCACAGGAAAGAAGAACGCUGUGCGCGUGUGUGGGGGACCACUUGCGCUAAACAUCCACAUGUAAAAAUGGUUAUGGAAAGUGGAGAUUGGUUGGCUGGUGGAGAUCUGCUCGUGCUAGAGAGAAUCAAGUGGAAUGAUGGGUUGGACCAAUACCGCUUGGCACCCUUGGAGCUGAGACAGAAGUUUAAGGAAAUGAAUGCUGAUGCAGUGUUUGCCUUCCAGCUGCGUAACCCUGUGCACAAUGGACAUGCUCUGCUAAUGCAGGAUACCAAACGCCGCCUGUUUGAAAGGGGUUACAAGCAUCCUGUGCUGCUCCUGCAUCCCCUUGGUGGAUGGACCAAGGAUGAUGAUGUGCCACUUGAGUGGCGCAUGAAGCAGCAUGCAGCAGUGCUGGAGGAGCAUAUCCUGGAUCCAAAGUCAACUGUUGUAGCCAUCUUCCCUUCUCCUAUGUUGUAUGCUGGACCAACAGAGGUCCAGUGGCACUGCAGGGCUCGAAUGAUUGCUGGAGCCAAUUUCUACAUUGUGGGGCGAGAUCCAGCAGGGAUGCCCCACCCUGAAACUAAGAAAGAUCUGUACGAACCUACACAAGGAGGAAAGGUGCUUAGCAUGGCUCCAGGACUCAACUCUGUGGAAAUCAUUCCCUUCCGAGUAGCUGCAUACAACAAAAUGCAAAAGGCAAUGGUUUUCUAUGAUCCAGACAGGCACAAUGAAUUUGACUUCAUUUCAGGCACACGUAUGAGGAAGCUGGCUCGUGAAGGUGAAAAUCCCCCAGAUGGUUUUAUGGCACUGAAAGCUUGGAAAGUGUUGACCGAAUACUACACAUCCCUGGGGAAAAAUAAUUAAUUCUGCUUUUACCCUGGAAAGCCUCUGUUUAAAGACAGGCUCUGUCAAUUGAUACAUAUGCUAUUACCUUUCAGCUUCUAUUAAUUUUUCUACUUUUAGUUGGGAGCAUUUUCUUCCUAAGCCAAAUGCAUUGCUUCUGGCCAAGCUUUUUCUCCCACUGAAGUUACCAGAAAAUUGCUUCUUAAUUGCAAAGCAAAGCCAUAAUAUUUUUUUACUGUAAAUAGAAAAGUAGAGCUCUAAAUGAUAAGUAUCCAAACCAUAUUCUAAUUGGUCAGUUAGCCUUUUUUUGGAGGGGGGAAUAGCAUAAGUAUACAACUGUUCCACCAAAAUGUGUACCUUCCUUGAUGCUUUUAACUUGUUGCUUACAUUGUGAAGCGGAGAAGCAAUGGACGAUAAACAUGCCCACCACUACCAAUCUUUGCCUGCAAUCCAGAGUCGAGGGAGUGUUGGAUGUGGUCUAAGGCAGUCUCGCUUCCAGCAGUGCCACAUUGAGGCCUAGUAGUUCUGAACACCACCUCACACAGAGUAAAUUCUAGAACAUGCCCUGGGCAAUAAAACAAGAGCUCCAAGCAGAUGAGAUAAUCUAGAAAGGGUUCCCUGAAAAAAGAAAUUUUAAAAACUACAAGUUUGGAAAAUUACAUGUCCUGACUUGAGACAGGCCAGGCAAGAGCCCUUAAUUUUAUCAGUAAACUCUUUGCCUCACCUUUUGGCUUCUCUUGGAUUAAUCUGCUUCCAUUGAAAAGAAAGCAGAGACUGAAGUAAGGUUGCCAGAUCCAGGCUGGGAAAUUCCUGGAGAUUUGGGAGGUGGAGCUUGGAGAGGGUGGGGUUUGGAAGGGAGAGGGACUUCAGUUGGCUACAAUGCCAUAGAGUCCACCUUCCAAGAUAGCCAUUUUCUCCAAGGGAACUGAUCUCUGUGGCCUGAAGAUCAGUUGUAAUGCCGAGAUCUCCGGCCACCACCUAGAGGCUGGCAACCCUAGACUGAAGUUACCUCAAAAUAUUUCUGUAUAAAAGUGUUCGCUAAUUUAGUUUCUCUUCACUUCCUAUCAAACUGGCUCACAACUCUGGAAACUAAAGUCAGCUUUCUACAUGAGGAGACAGGUCACAGAAAGGAGAUUCAAGCAAUGUGAAUCAGACUGACAUGCAAUGGUGGAAUCAUUAAGGAAAUGUUGGAAGUACAGUGUAGAUUGCUUAUCCUAUUCGCCCUCCAGUCCUUGGUUUUUAAAAUAUCUUUUACUGGCUCAGUUCGUGUAUUUUAAUCUCUUUUUCAUAUAAAAUCUUGAGAAAGAAGCUUCUUAGCAGAGCAAAAGCUGCGAUUGUGAUGAAUCUAAAUUCCAGGCCACAUUCUAAUUUCUGUGCUUAACAGCAUGUAUAGAAGAUAUUUUUUUAUGAGUAAAGUUUUUCAAUUUACUUCAUGUUCUGCCAUAUUCCCUUAAAUAUGAACGCUAGUUAGCUCAUGAAUAUUAAUUGCUGUUUUAUACAGACAAGAGCUGAUGGUUCAGUUCGAUGCAGUUAUACUACUUUACUGUGGCUAUGAACUGGGAACUCACGGAUUCAAAAUCUCAUUUGAAUAAGGACCUCAGUAGCUGAACUUCCAAGCAAAUCACCUAGCCCUUAUUUGAAAAUGAGGGAGUAAGACUGGCUUAACUUACAAGGUUAUUGGAAGAAUUCUUUAAAAUAAGAUGUGAGGCACUUAGAAUCCUCUAAUAUGAAAUGCUGGUCAACUGCUUGUCACUAAGGGCUAAGCUACAAGUGACAAAUGACGCAGGUUGGACACUUGUCAGCUUCCCUCAAGUUUUGAUGGGAAAUGUGGGCAUCCUAGUCUUGCAGCUUGGCUCUCUGACUGCUGUGCAGUGGACUUUUCAACUGUCACUUGUCCAACAUUCCACCAAGCUGCCUACAUUUCCCAUCAAAACUUGAGGGAAGCUGACAAGUGUUCAACCUGUGUCAUUUGUCACUUGUAGUUUGGCCCUAAGAGAGUGAAAUAGGGUUUCCCACAGGGUUUCUGCAUACUCUGAGGGCUCCUCCGGUAUACUGAAACCUCUUAGUAUGUAAAUUAAAAGCACCUAUACCCCAAAGAAUUUGCGAUUAGAACAGAGCAUGCUCAUUGCUGUCUAGGAGAAUGUUGAAGGUAGUUGAGAGCGUAAGUUUAAAUACAAAGAAGGGGAGCUUGGCUUGAGUACACCUCUAAGAACUAAUGCUAUCCAGACUUUGAUGCAUUCCCCCCUCCCUCUUUCUCUCUCUCUCACACACAUGCAAAUGUUUCCCAUACAUCAUAUGGAAAGGGAAGUAAAAGUAUACCUCCCCUACAUUUUACCACAGAACUAGACAGCUGUAGGCAGCUUGGCGGAAUGUUGGACAAGUGACAGUUGAAAAGUCCACUGCACAGCAGUCAGAGAGUCAAGCUGCAAGACCAGGAUGCCUACAUUUCCCAUCAAAACUUGAGGGAAGCUGACUAGUGUACAACCUGUGUCAGGUGUCACUUGUGGUCCCGCUCUCAUGAGUUUCAAAAGAGGUGAGCAGAAGCAUCUUUAUCCCCAGAGUUCAGCAGUCUUGUGCUAUUUCAGCGGAAUUCUUUCUUUAUCCUUUCUCCCUCCCUCUCUCAUACACACACACACCCCUCCAAAAUUUAAAAUUGAUACUUAAGACAGGAAUUAGAACGCUGACAAAAGCUGUGGCUCUUUGUGCCAGCACACUGAUGACACAUUUGUGCGUUAUAGACUUUUGCUUAGGGGAAAAAAGGGUUAGAGAGAAGAUUACUUUGAAAUGCCAAAUUGUCUCCCUUGCCUUGUUUCUCACCACUGUAUUUACAAUCUACAAAGGCACUUAUGCUGAAGUCUGAUACAUAGGCAAUGCCAUCCUAAACUGAGUUACACUCUUCUAAGCCCAUUGACUUAGACUUAGAAGGGUGUAACUGUACAUUACUGGAUUUCAAUGUUCCUUUUAUUUAAAAAAAAUGUCAUUUUCAUAUGGCACUCUAAAUGUCUUUUCCACUCAGAUGUGAAUGUCAUUAAUGUAGAAUACAUCCAGAGGAGUUAGCCGUGUUAGUCUGUAGUAGCAAAAUAGUAGAGUCCAGUAGCAUCUUUUAAGACUAACCAACUUAAUUGUAGUAUAAGCUUUUGAGAGCCACAGCUCUCUUCGUCAGAUGCAUGCUAUUGGACUCUUUACUAUUAAUGCAGAAUGGUUGAGACUUGUGAUGAUAUUGUUCUCUUGAAGUCACUGACUCUGAAUCAGCUUGUUGGCCAGUAGUUGAGCUUUACUGAAUUGCGCACUGGACCAAAUGAUUUUAGUGUUCACUUGUCAGAAGGCAACAGUAUAUAACAUUUUACAUAUAGCUUAUAUAAACGCAAAUAAUUUUAAUAAAUAAAGAUGAUUCACAUAACAGAUUUAUAACAAUAUAUGGGAGAAGAUCUAGUAUCCCACAAAAUCCUUCCAGCCUCCUGCUGCUCCCCCACCCCUAUAAGCUUCCCUCCCAUGUGUGGAGAGACGAGUACACCCCAUCAAAGUGCCCAAGGCAUAGAUUGGAUUGUGUCCAUAGCAUGAAGUCCGUCUAAUCAAGAAGUCAGUUCAACAAUUGUUUUCUUUAAGACUGUGCAAUGAUUUCCAUGUUCCCUUUUGCAAUUAUGCAACAAAGACAUUUUUACAGUGUCAGAAUUAUGUCUGGGAAUGUCUUUUAAACAUUUCGUGUUUUACUUCCUAAUGCUUUGGAAAAAGGAACCAAACUGUUGUUACACCUCCCAUGAGUGUGGCAGAAUACAUGAACCUGCACUCUAUACAAAAAGCUUGCAUUGGCUAUCUUGUAAGCGGCACUGAUUUAAAGAGGUUGCACAGCAACUGCAGGUGGUCGAUGGCUCCCAUUGUAGCAGUACAAGCUAAUGUAUACUAGCAAUAGUGCCUUUUAUAUCCAGGCCCUCUGGAAGGGACCUUGAACAUAAAAGUGAUUUUAAUUAAUAAUUUAAUAGUGCUUAUGUAUUUUCUGUUUUUAACUGUAUACUGUCCAUUAUCAUCUUUCCAAAUGGUUACACCCCAUAUGUUGUACUAUUCCUUUUAAAAAAUUUUUAAAAAUAUAUACCCUAUAUUUUAUUGUAUAUUUAUUAUAGACCUGAGAUCAGAAUGCCUUACCUAAUUGAUGUAUCUCAUGACUAAUAUGUCUUCUUAAUUUGGCAUUCUGCUACUAGGAUUCACUUUUAAUACCAAUAAAUUUUUCUCUGUUUCACCA